UCACAUGUCAAGCACUUGCGCCUCCGCUGACACACAUAAUACGUUGUCUCUCUUAGGUUUUCUAUAUAUCUAUAUCUCAUACAAAUGUGCAGCAAAAUCUUUGAUCUAGGCAGUCCCAGACAAAGACAUUUCUUCCAAAGUUCAGAUAAAUGCUUAUUGAACGGCUUAGUUAUACCUGCUAGAAGUUUUGAAAACUAUAUUUCAUCGCUGCUUCAGUCUCUGGAAAGGUAUAGAUAUCAGAUUUUGCAUGUGCUAGUACAAGGCUCAAGCUGGCAAAGGACAGCUUUCGUCUUUUUUACUUCCUCGUUCAUCCCAAGAACAAACUGUCACGCAGGACCAAGAUCCGGAUCUGCCAAACCUACAUUUGCCCAAUAUUCACCUAUGCCUCCUCCACAUGGGCAGACAUCCAGCCCCGUCGCAUGCAGAGGCUGCAAGCUUUCUGGAAAACCGGGUUUUCCGGAUUAUGUAAGACGCACCAUGGUACAUGCGCAACACUACCAUCCUGCGAGAUCUCCAAGCUCAACCCUUGGUAGAUCACCUGACGAAGUUGGACAAGUAUCUAGCCACCGCUUUGGGGCACCACAACCUCCUGAUUCGGAUCUCUCAUUCACACAAGCUUCCCUCCCCAAUGCCCCAUAUCCCCUCCCCUCCCCUGGCGAUACACUACGCAGGACUAACCCUUCUGGUGCGACAGACAAACCCUCCACCUCCACCCAGGUCAGCAAACUACUUUCCCCAACGGUCAGCGAGCCAGGGACCACAAAGAUGCGGCACUCAUAGUGCUAGUUUUAUGUGUUCUUGUACAUAUUUAUUAGUACCUUACCUUAGAUUUUAAGACCUAUGAUAGUAUAGAUUAAGUUACAAUUAGUUAAAUAGAUAUGAAAAUAUAUAUUUUAAUCUAGUUAAAAAUAUGCCAGUUUCAAAGUAAUGUGCUACUGAUAAAUGAUUGGUAAUAAAAGAGCCUAUAC